UUGGCACGAUUGUGUGUGAACCUCUAUUAUUGUUCGCCUCGCCCCACAGACAAGACACCCAUCGCUUCAUCGUCGUAACUUACUUUUAACUGUAAUUUUGAGCGAGGAAAUGUCAUUUAGGAUAGACGACGAAGUCCUUAAGUGUGUUCAUAUGAAUGCCGACGUUUACAAAGUGUGCCUUCAACAUGCUUUGUCGACCGAAAAAGAGGAAGUUAUGGGACUCCUGAUAGGCGAGAUUGACGAAAACAAAGAAGCUCGUGUGUCAGCACUUGUGAUGCUUCGAAGAUCAGAUAAACGGAAAGAUCGUGUUGAAAUUUCACCAGAACAGUUGAGUGGAGCAGCAGAAUUAGCAGAAAAACUUGCAGAGGAACUCAAGCGCCCCAUGCGAGUGAUUGGCUGGUAUCAUUCCCACCCUCAUAUAACUGUGUGGCCAUCUCAUGUUGAUAUACGAACACAGCUCAGCUACCAAAUGCUUGAUCAGGGUUUUGUGGGGAUUAUCUUCUCAGUAUUUUCAGAGGACAAGUCAUCUAAGGAGCAGGAAAUUCAGGUUACAUGCUUUCAAUCUGUUGGAUGUGAUGCUAUGCCCGAAAAAAGAGAUAUUGACCUAUUUAUUGUGCCUACUCAAACUGUAUCUGAGCCUUGUUUGAAGGCAAUGGUCAGACUUCCAGAGAUCCUUGUUGAAGAAGAGAGGGAGACACAUGACAAGGCUUGCCAAUUAGCUGUCAACAAUAUUUUAUCUGCUGUUUACAAUGAUGCAGAACUCACCAAAGCAAUGUGUCACAUUGCUGAAUUAGUUUCCUUACCUCUCUUCACAACAGUAGACAAGCUUUACCGUGACAGUGAGAGUAAGGUCAAUAAAUUAAAGCUUGAAAAGGAUCAUUUAACUAAACAAUUAAAACGUCUUCAAGAAAUAUCUCACAAAUAAAUGUGAAAUUACCCAUGCCAUUUUUUUCAAUUCUUGGCAGAUCUCAAUAUUGCCUGUGUAAAUGUUUACUAUAUUCAUAUGUAAAAUAUAGUUAAUUGUUGUUUUUGUGGGUUGUUUUGUGUAAGUUUAAGUGCAAAAUGCUUCUAAGCAGCUCUUACCUCUAUUUUCUACAAUACUUUUUGAACUGUAGGUCAUAAUAUAUGUAUACCAGAUUGACAUAAAAGUUACACUACACCCAAAGCAAUUUACGACCACCUGUCUAUGACACUGAAAGUUCAAAAGUGGCACAUUUCAACAAUUUUUUUCUUUUAGAAUUGACAUGGUCAAUUUGGUGAAAUAUGUUGUAACCUUUUGAUACACAUCUGUGAUGAUUUUAUUCUUUAUUAAAUCCAAUACGUUAUAAA